GAAAGGCAGGCGGAGAAGAGAGAAAGGCGAGGCGCCAGCAGAGCGGCGGGGAGAGACACCGAAGAGCUUUCUGUCUUGGCAAAGUGAAACCCGCCACAUGUUCAGGAAGAUGUAAGAGCAACAAGCGGAUCAAGUCGCCCGGAUUGCUCUGCCUCUGCCUCCGUCUCCGGAGAAGCUGCGAGAAGAUGGUAACAACUUGUUCACACGGGAAAGUGUCGCUUCAGCUCUCGGCAUCGUCGGAGUUCAGGUGGUGACCCCGACGCCCUAAAAAAAACAAGAAAACAACCAGCGGCACCCGACGCCGCCUCUGCAGGAAAUCUCCGAUUUGACUCCUCUGCUGUAAAGAUGGUUUUCAGUGGACAGGUGCGGAUGAUCCCGAACUGAACCAAUCAGAACCAUCGUCUGAACAUGGCGGACGACCUCUACAGCAGCACCUUCUCGGCCUCUGAAUCAGACUUCCCCUCAUCCUCUUCCUCCGCCUCCUUCCUCACGCUCGAGCAGAGGGCGGCUUUCGUCUUCGUCCUCAUCCUCUUCAUCUUCCUCGGCCUACUGAUCGUCCGCUGCUUCCGGAUCCUUUUGGACCCGUACCGCAGCAUGCCGUCGUCUACCUGGACGGACUACAUGGAGAAGGACACGUUUGAUUACCGGAUUUCCUGACAGGCAGCCUGAGAGGCAGCAACCCUGACAACCCGACGCUUAAACUGAGGCAACGAUCACAUUGACCAACCGCGGCACCAACACUGACGCACGUUUUCUCGAUUCUGCUUGUUCCACAAAUCAACCAGAGCAAAAUGUAAUGACCUGUUAGUAAAAUGAAUCACAAUCAGCUGCAAAAACACAAAAUCCUACCAAGUAAGAUUGGUAAGAGUUUCUGUUUUUGCAUUUGAAUCAAUCGAUCCAGUUCAUUUUACCUUCAGCGGUUUUGAUGUGGAUCUGAAACCUGGACUUUUAACGUAACAAAGAGAAAAGUGCAUUUUGUGUUGCUGCUGCUUUUCUUGUGAUCGUUGUCUCACCCAGCAGGCGUCACGUCUGAGCAGAAACACAACGACCAGUAAAGGCAGCGAGGAUCCAAACGUUACCCUCAAAUAAAACUAUUUGGGAGAAAGUUUAGUCAAGCACUGAGGAACUGAUCAAAUUAUCAGUCAUUUAAUAUUUAAAAAUUACAUUAUCAGGAUAGAAUCCAGAAGUUUUAUUCAAAUAAGAGUAAAAAUACUUCAUUAUAAAAUUACUCAAGUAAAAGUAACUGAGUAAAAGUAACUAGUUAGCACCGAACUCUGCCCAAAUGCAGCCAGUUUUGUUGACCAAAUGUCAAAUAAAUGUU